CAUAUUUAAAACUAAAACGUGAAAUCACUGCGAAUAAAUAAAAUAACUAUCCACCACCAUGACGAUGCAAGUUGCCAGCAAAAGUCCUCGCGGCCCACUAAGCUUUAAUGUUCAGCUGCUAUCGGGCAAGAAUGUGGUAUUGGUCAAUUGCCAAGGCUACGAGAGUGAGCUGUUUAUGCCGCAGAUUGUCAAAGGGCGAAUCAGUUUUCAGAACAUUAUACCAAAUAGACGAUGCUGCGAUCAAGCUAAUAUAAUAACCGGACCGCUUCCGUUAAAUGGUGCUGCCUGUAUUGGGACUGGCGGAAAGCCAACUCUGGCUGGUACUCCGGCCAUUCAACGACCGACGAGCAUUUCACUGGCCCGGAGCACAGCUAUGCGAAGCCGACCAAAAAGAAGCAAAGAAACUAUAUCACCGCCGCCCCAUGGUGCUAUAAUGACACCUGAUCAAUUACGCGGCAAGCCAGCAGAAGUUGAGUUUUCUAUUCCAGAAGAUCUGAAUCCAGAAGAACUGUUUUCCAGCUUCUAUGCAGAGUUGCCUAAUCAAUUACGGCUUUCCGAUGGGCGAAAUGAAUUGAAUCCUGGUUCAAGCACGCAUACACCGGCUCAAUCUUUGGAGUCAACAAUUUCUAGCGUUAUCCGCAAAACUCCACCCGUUCGCACGUAUUCUCGUCGUAAAACCAAUGCGACCAGCAAGUCCAAGUCUAGUUUAAGUUGUUCGCCACUACAGAAGAAAAAGAAGAUUUCAUCAAAGGCAUCCACAACAAAAGGACUUCAAGCAACAAAAACACUGGCGAUUCGGAAUCGCAGAUUAAUUGUGGAUAACAAAAAGUCCUUAGGCUCUCUUAGUGUUAGUAAAUUGUCCUCGUCCAUAACCAAGAAGAAAACUGUGCACAAUCAAGUAACAGCCAAGACCAGGAAACAAUUCGAAUCACUAAAGACGACUGCUUUUGAUUUGCUUACCACGCCAACUCUUGAAAAUAUAUCCAAAACCCUGAAUCAACAGUUCCAAAUGGCGUGCGUUGACAAGAUAGCAACCACAUUGCCCAAUUAUGCCCAACUAGCUCCGACCAAGCCACUAGAGAUCGAUCGCGAAGUGAAGACAAUGAUAGCGAAGCAAAAGCGUCUGGAGAAAACCAAUUCGAAACCCAAAUGGAUCUAGCUUGAAUAUAAAUGGCUUCUUGAUUAGUUUUCUAAACAUGCAUACUAAAAUAUCGUUUAAUCAAUUUUGGUAACUCUAUGAUAAAUGUAAAAAUCGUUUAGGUGACUGUCUGCAAGCUGCUCUACACAAACCAAGAACGAACACCUUUUUGGCCAUUGUAUAUGCAAAUCUAAUUACAAACUUAUCUUACAAAAAAAAAAAAUAAUUGUUACUAUACAAAAUAUUUAAAAUUAUCUACGAACUAAAG